CUCAUCCGAGAUGGCGGGUCUCAAUGGCGCAUCGCUGACGCCCAACGGCGCUGCGGGCGGCGUCAAUGGCACUCGCCGGCCUUCAAUGUCAUCGCACAUGAAGGCCAUGGCCCUGACCGAGUACAGCGCCAAUCCAACACCGCCGUCCGGAAGGGAAGAAGACGCCGCAUCGUAUGUCCCGGAGGAAUACCGCCUUGCAGAUGGCUAUCCCGAUUAUCUGCGCAUGAUUGCCAGCGCAACCUCACGAGUCUACGAGGCCUGCAAGACGACGCCUCUCACCCCGGCCGUCAACUUGAGCAACCGACUCGAGUGCAAUGUGCUGCUGAAGCGCGAGGACCUGCAGCCCGUCUUCAGCUUCAAGCUACGUGGCGCAUACAACAAGAUGGCGCAUCUCGACCCUGCCAAAAGCUGGAAGGGCGUUGUCUGCUGCUCCGCCGGCAACCAUGCCCAGGGAGUGGCAUACUCUGCCAGGAAACUCAAGAUCCCCGCCACCAUUGUCAUGCCAGAGGGCACACCCAGCAUCAAGCACUUGAAUGUUGCGCGUCUAGGCGGCCAUGUCGUUUUGCAUGGCGCGGACUUUGACGCCGCCAAGGAAGAGUGUGCCCGCCGCGCAAAGCAGAAUGGCCUCAUCAACAUCCCGCCCUUUGACGACCCAUACGUGAUUGCUGGACAGGGAACCAUUGGCAAUGAAAUGUUUGCGCAGGUCAACAUGGCCAAUGUUGAAGCCAUCUUUUGCGGCGUUGGAGGCGGAGGGCUCAUUGCCGGUAUCGGCUUGUUUGUCAAGCGGAUGGCACCCCAUGUGAAGAUCAUUGGCGUUGAAGCAUCUGAUGCGAAUGCCAUGGCGCAAUCUUUGAAACUGGGGAGGAGAGUCACGCUCUCCGAAGUUGGUUUGUUUGCGGAUGGUGCAGCCGUCAAGGUCCCAGGAGAGGAAACUUUCCGCAUUUGCCGCGAGGUUGUCGACGAUGUCAUCGAGGUCACCACCGACGAGAUCUGCGCCGCCAUCAAGGACAUGUACGACGAUACCCGAUCCGGCCUGGAGCCGGCGGGCGCCUUGUCCAUCGCUGGCCUAAAGAAAUACGUUGCCCAGAAGCCAUCUCAAAAUGCCAAGAGGACGCUCAUCGCGGUGACCUCCGGCGCCAACAUGAACUUUGAUCGGAUGAGAUUUGUCGCCGAGCGCGCUGCGCUAGGUGAGGGCAAGGAAGUUCUGAUGGCCGCUACCAUCCCGGAACGGCCCGGAGCUUUCGCCAAGCUUGUCGACACCAUCAUGCCUCGGCCUGUCACCGAGUUUUCCUACCGUUACUCCCCUGGCGAGGUUGCCAAGGUGCUUAUAGGCCUUUCCAUAACAGUCCCGGCCGCCCAAAGGGCCGAAGAGGUGCGGACGCUCAUGGAGCGCAUCCGAGAGGAGGGUAUGGAGGUAACGGAUCUAUCCAACGACGAGCUCGCCAAGAGCCAUGUGCGCUAUCUCAUCGGCGGGCGAACGGGCGUCACAAACGAAAGACUCUUCAUGUUCAACUUCCCCGAGCGGCCGGGAGCGCUGGAAAAGUUCCUGACGACUUUGAGACCAAAGUUCAACAUCAGCCUUUUCCAGUAUCGCACGUAUGGCGGCGAUGUUGCCAAGGUGUUAGCAGGGAUCCAAUGCCCGCCGGAAGAGAACGCCGAUUUGGAACAGUUCCUUGAAGAUCUUGGCUACCCGUCAGAGGAGUGUACAGACUCGGAAGUUUUCAAGAUGUUCCUCAAGAGCACUGACCAAUAAGGGCAUGAAAUAGGAGAAACAAAAGCGUUUGGAUUACGGAACCAUAUCCGCGGCGUUGGGUAAAGUGAUUUGAUCAAGGGAACUCUGGUCUCAAUUUUUGGGCCUACGUUUUGGCCGUGGGCAAGUGUUCAAAGCUCCCAAUUGGGAAGCUGCAAAAUAGAUAUGAAGCCAUGUUUUGCAUGUGAAGCCGAAGGAGGCGAUGCGGUACGAGUGCCGAGGGGUGUCAAAGAAGACGGGAAAAGAAAACAUGGUUCGGAAAUCUCCGAGGCUGUGGAUGAGUGGGACAUGCCUGUUUUGAUGACGAUUGGCUGAUGGACUGGAUUUGGCAAUGCAUUUGUUUGCGAAACACAUGCUACCUGCCUUUUGCAGUGUUUCAAGACCACUUCCCGCGAAGCAGUACCGGUGUCAUUUAGCUGCGUGUUGGAGCAUGCCUCGGUAGAGUUGCGAGGAUCAGGUAGAUGUUUAUUCAUCACUGCGGCUGAAUACCGAUAAUAUGAUUAUGAUUC